GCGAAAAAAAGAGAGUACAAUUUCAUCUCACAAAACAUAUAGAGGUGUUUUUACCAAGUCAAAUAAUAAUCUUUAAACAACAAAACUAGACACAGAAAAAAUACAGAAUUAUUUAUCUACCAUCCCAAAUGGCUGUCGAUCAUCUUCCAGACCGGCCCUUGCCUGCAGCAUAAUAUACGUUUUCAUAUAAUAUAUAAGUCCAAGCGUACCUUCAACCACAACUGCAGUAACAAUGGCCAAUUCUCCUAGCUUUCUGCUUUUGACCAUCAACCUAUUCUUCAUGGCUCUGAACGUUCCAUCUUUGGCAGCCGGUGCCAGUGAAGAUCGCCGACUGUUCUGGGAACCCACUACCACUAGAGGUGGUUGCCGAGGAUCAGUGGCUGAGUGCAUUGCCGGAAAUGAAUUCGACAUGGAUUCUGAGAUCAACCGACGUAUCUUGGAUGUCACAAAGUACAUAAGCUAUGAUUCAUUGUUGAGAAACAACGUACCCUGCUCUAAAAGGGGUAUGUCUUACUACAGCAACUGUGAAGAAGGUGCAGAAGCUAACCCCUACGACCGUGGAUGCAGUGCCAUUGCAAGGUGCAGAAGCUAACACCAUUAUUUAUUUUUAUUUUCAAGGAUGGCAUUCUUCUCUGCUGUUCAAUGUUGUAUCUCGCCAUUAGAUGUCUCAUGAAUUAUUUGCAUUGAUGAUUUUCCUAUAUAAUUUUUAUUUGUUUUGUGCAUCAUACCUUUGAUUGAUUCACUCAUUCAAGGCAGAAAUAUUGUUGAAAUUCCCAGCCCAAACAAAAUAACGACGUCAUUUUUGGGUUUACCAGAACACUGUGAUUCCAUGGCAGUAUGGCACUCAAAGCCACUCGACUGGUUUAUGACAAGCUCGUGGGAUCAUCUCCUAAAUGCAAUAUCAAAAACAAUACAGAAGUGAUUGAUUCCAUAAAAAAAAAUUACAGUCAAAUCAGGUGAAAACAGAAACAGAGCUUGGCCUUCUAAGAAUAUCCAUGGUAAAUCCGCAUCUUAUCACAAACACUAAGAUGUAGCAUCUAUGCUAAACGCAUAGGUGGUGAACCUUCAAUGACUCUCUCGUGUGUGUAUACUGUUUAGUAUAAAUGUGACAAUCAGAAGACACUGAAAAUAUAUCAAACAGGAAUCAACGACGCAAAUAUUUUCAGAUUCAUGAAUAUACCUCUGAUAUAAGCAAUCACCACACACCACUUCAAGACUUCAAGUACUGUCUUUAAAAGAGAU